GCCCACGAAGUUGGCAACGAAAGUAUUUCGUCGGUGCGUCGUUACCGAUAGCGGCAGCACCUCUCGGGCCCACUUUGUCCACGCGGUCCCCUCUCCACGCGUUUGCCGGCACGAUCGACGCCAUCAUCGAUCGUGUUCUUCUUGUUCGUACGCUCAACGUAAGAGCACGUGCUUGCGACCACGCGAGUUUAUCGACAAGACCGCCAUAUUGAACACGCUAUUCUGUAUUUUCUCAGUCCACGCGCGUUUCAUAUGUAUUACGCUCCUCAGUUUAUGUAAAUAGUGUAAAUAAAUUUUGCUAAUAAUUACUCAAGGUGCGUGUUUCACUCUCCGUCCUCGCAGACCACGCUUUCGGUUACAUCUGUGCUUGAACUGCUUGAGCAGACACAACGUCCGCACAUGUAAAUCAACUCAGACGUGUAAGCAGUGCCGGCUUCGGCAUGGUGGACUGUUUUCGAUGCUUCCGCCACCGCCGAAGCCCAAAGCUCUACCAACCAACACUCUAGCUCCAGCUGGUUCCUCACAGACAGCCUCCUCAUCCGUUAAAACCACCGAGUAGGAACUCGGUGCAGCCGUCAAGCCGCCAAAUCACAGAAAGCUCCUCGCAACCGCUCAAGCUCUCCUCACCACUCCAACGUCAGAUCACACCAUCCGCAUCUUAAUAGAUCCAGGUUCCGAAAUCUCGUUCAUCUUCGAAGGACUCACUCGCCUGCUCAACCUCCGGAGACACCGAUCAUCCAUCACAAUUAUUGGUGUUGGUGGAACAAAAUCAACUGAAACCAAGGGUGUGGUCAAUGUUACACUCCAGUCGAAGUACUCACAACAGACUGUCUGCAUCCAAGCUCACAUGCUCACAGUCGUAUCGACAAUCCUGCCAUCGUUCUCGCUGAGAGCUCCAGACUGGCCUCACAUUAAGAACUUGAGGUUGGCGGACAAUGAUUUCUUGACACCACGACCAGUCGACGUAAUCAUUGGAGCAGAUUUUUACAGAAGGAUCAUCAAGCCAAAUAUCAUCAAGGGCUCACCAACAGCACCAAUUGCUCAACUUUCCAUUUUUAGAUGGCUCGUCAUCGGCCCAGUCAACGAAUCAUAUACAAAUACUAAUUAUGCACAUUUUGCAGUUGCUCACAACGAUCAGAGCAAUCUGCAAGAGCUGCUCACCAAAUUCUGGGUCCAAGAGAAGUCACCAAUGGACACUCCAAGCACGCUCACACCGGAGGAAGAAGAAUGCGAAGCACAUUUCUGUGCAACUCACUCUCGUGACAACACAGGAAGGUACAUCGUUCGCAUUCCACUCAAGGCACCAGCAUCUUCUGGGCAAUUCACACAAGAUUGCUCACCGAUGUCUACAAAGCACACUGCGAUGAUCCGCCAAGGAUUCAACAUACAACCAGCUCUACGUCGAGUUCAUGAAAGAAUAUGAAGAAUCAGGACACAUGGUAAAGGCUCCAGAUCAUCAACGGAUCACAUUAAGAGAGGCUGAGAACGUUGGGCCUGAUGGGGAGAUGACCUUGGCACAUUAUGCUUCGGCAUCAGGAGGGUUGAGGGUCUCUUCUGACGGUUCAACACCUCAGUCCUCUGCUCAUCAUCAACCAUAUUAUUUGCCUCACCAUGGUGUUCUACGCCUCGACAGCAUAACAGCGAAGCUCAGGGUUGUAUACAACGGAUCGAAAGCUACAACAUCAGACAGAUCAGUCAACGAUUUAAUGCAUACUGAUAUCACAAAAAUGUAUCGCCAAGUAGCAGUUCACAAGGAUGAUUGGGAUCUCCAGCGAAUUCUUUGAAUCGCUGAAGACCGCAAUGUCAUCCCUUACCAGCUCACAACUGUCACGUAUGGCACAAAAGCGGCUCCCUUCCUGGCGACACGAGCACUCAUGCAGUUUGUUCACGAUGAGGAUCAUCGAUUCCCUCUGGCAGCGCCUUCGCUCACACAUGGCAGAUAUGUGGACGAUAUCUUUGGAGGGGCAGACUCAAUCUCGGAAUUUGUGGAGGUCGCUCAACAGCUGAUUGCAUUGUGCAACGCGGGCGGAUUUCCACUCGCAAAAUGGCAUGCGACUCACCCAGACUUACUGAGGGCUGUUUCGUCAUCCGCACAAUCGUCAGCUCCCAUAUCAUUUGACGACUGCACUACCAAAUUACUCGGAAUUCAAUGGAUGCCUCAAACCGACACAUUUGGCUUCUCAUCAACGAUCACAGAUCAACCAAGUAAGUGUUCAAAAGGCCUCGUAUUAUCCGAAGUCGCUCGGAUAUUUGAUCCAUUACGUUUUGUCUCACCGGUAAUAGUACGAGCUAAAAUGCUAUUACAAGAGCUCUGGCUACACAAAAUCAAUUGGGACGAUCCAUUACCGUCUCAAAUCAUUUCACGAUGGUUCAUCAUCAGAGAAGAUCUCAACAGCUUGGCCAAGCUAUCGAUUCCAAGAUGGUUCAACACAUGGAGCAAUUCAACUGUGGAAAUUCGUGGAUUCUCUGAUGCUUAUCAACUUGCCAUGGCAGCAGUGAUUUACAUCACUGUCCGCUUGCCGUCUAACAACUCAACGACGUCAAUUGUCUGUUCCAAGACAAAAGUUGCACCACUGAAGAGGCUCACCAUACCCAGAUUGGAGUUAUCAGCUGCACUCCUACUGGCAAAGCACGCCAAAUAUGUUGAAUCAACGCUCAAGGUGACGAUCAACGCAACGCACCUGUGGUCGGAUUCUCAAGUCUGACUCAUAUGGAUCAAAUCGCAAGCAUCUCGUUGGAAGGAUUAUGUUCGGAACAGAGUCAUUCCGAUCCAAGAACUCACUCCACAUGCGCAUUGGAGGCAUGUUCCAGGUACUUCUAAUCCAGCCGACUGUGUUUCCCGAGGCAUUUCGACAAAUCAACUUCAACGACUAGACCUCUGGUGGAAAGGUUCUCCAUGGAUGACUUAGAUCAAGAUCAUUGGCCAGAGCAAAAGGAAUUCUCAACUCUAACCAGCGAGCUGGACGUGAGACCCAAUGUCUCACUCUUUGCUUCAGCUCAAAAGCUAAGUUAUCAUUAGGAUCUCAUUUACAAAUAUUCAUCUCUUAUUGAGCUGUAUAGACUGACUGCACUUUGUUUCAGGUUCGCCUCACGGCUUAAGA